ACACUCAAGAGGAAGAGAAAAACAGACGUCCUGCUACUGCUGAAAGGAGAAACCGGAUUAUUUCUGUUUUCGAAGAGCAGAAACACAACAUGUCUUUCUGCCAGUUCUUUGGCGGUGAAGUGUACAAGGAUCACUUUAAGCCAGGUAUGUACGUGUGCUCCAAGUGUAACCACCCUCUGUUCUCCAGUCGCUCCAAGUUCGCCCACUCGUCUCCGUGGCCAGCAUUCACGGACACCAUCAGAGAGGACAGCGUCACCAAGAUGAUGGAGACUCUCACCGCCUACAAGGUUCUGUGUGGGAAAUGUGGAAACGGCCUGGGCCACGAGUUUGUGAACGACGGCCCUGAGGACGGAGUCUCACGCUUUUGAAUAUUCAGUCACUCUCUCAAGUUUGUCCCCAGUAAAGGUUAAAUACAAACAGUAAAGAGAGAGAAAAAAUACUUGAUGUAUUCAGGUUUGAGCUUCCACUCCCUGCUGCUGCUGUACUGUAUCUGCUGCUCGGUCCAGAGGUCGGCUCAGCGUGUGAAGGGACAUGGAGAAAAGACCCAAGUGGGACGUCCUGUCCACUGAAGAAUCUUUGACCGGCCUCUGACACUGGGAACAGAAAUCACUGCAUUUACUUCACUACCUCAUGUUUAACUCCAUGAUUAUUAUCAUUAUUAUUGUUAUUAAUAAUAACACUGUGUUCAUCAGGAUAGGUGCAUGUCACUGGAAUAAGAAAUUAAGUUCUGCAAAAGUUUCCAUUAAUCACACAUUUCUUCCCUCCAAACCCUCCAAAUGAACAUUAUAUUAUCUGUAUAAUUAACGUAAUGUUUAUUUCUGAAAGGUAAAUAAAGCUUAAUCUAUGCACUGAUAAAAUCCACAUUAGCCUGAUAUUUUUGUAUCAGUUUAGUUUGUCAAACAUAUACAGAUUGUUGUGUUACAUACUAUGUACCACUUAUUUACUUGAACGGCAAAAUGCAAAAUAUGACUCACAUUUUUCUCAUGUCUUAAAACAAAAUGUGUUUGAUUUAUCUGUCAUUGUAACGGUAUUGAUCAAGGUACAAACAAUAAAUUAUAGUUUGAUA